GUUGAACUUCUACCGGGAGAUUCACUUGUUGACUUAGAAUAUGCUGAUAACAUAGUUCUGUUUGCUUCAGCAAUAAGUUUCAGGCCUUUCAUGAUCUACUCAAUGGAGAAGGAACUGCUAUGGAGAGCAACUGGAAGGCGGUCAAAGAGGCAAUCACUUCAACAUGUCAUGAGGUCCUGGGCCACAAGAAGCACCAUCACAAGGAAUGGAUCACUGUUGAUACACUGGAUAAAAUUCAAGAAAGGAGGAACAAGAAGGCAGCAACCAAUACCAGCCGAACAAGAGCAGAGAAAGCUAAGGCACAAGCUGAGUACACAGAAGUAAACAAACAAGUGAAGAGAAGCGUCAGAACCGACAAAAGUAAAUAUGUGGAAGAUCUAGCAAUGACGACGGAAAAGGCUGCAAGAGAAGGAAACAUGAGAGAACUGUAUGACACGACAAAGAAACUCUCUGGAAAUCGCCACAAACCAGAACGACCAGUGAAAAGCAAGGAAGGCGAGGUAAUCACCAACAUUGAAGAGCAAAUAAACAGGUGGUUAGAACACUUCAAAGAACUCUUGAAUCGACCAGCCCCACUGAACCCACCCAACAUCAAAGCAGCACCCACGGACCUCCUAAUUAAUGUUGGCCCACCAACAAUUGAAGAAAUCAGCAUGGCCAUCAGGCAAAUCAAGAGUGGCAAAGCAGCAGGACCAGACAACAUUUCAGCAGAUGCACUAAAAGCAGACGUAGCGGCAACUGCAAGGAUACUCCACAUUCUCUUCAAUAAAAUUUGGGAUGAGGAACAAGUACCAAAAGACUGGAAAGAAGGACUUCUGAUCAAAAUACCUAAGAAAGGAGAUUUCAGCAACUGUGGUAACUACAGGGGCAUCACUCUUCUCUCAAUACCGGUAAAAGUCUACAACAGGGUAUUGUUAAACAGAAUCAAGAACUGCGUAGACGCCCAACUUCGUGACCAACAGGCAGGAUUACGUAAGGAUAGAUCGUGUACAGACCAAAUCAUUGUGGAACAAUCAAUUGAAUAGAAUUCAUCACUCUACAUCAACUUCAUUGACUACGAAAAGGCAUUUGAUAGCGUGGACAGAACAACGCUAUGGAAGCUUCCUCGAUACUACGGCGUGCCUCAGAAGAUAGUCAACAUCAUACAGAAUUCCUACGAUGGAUUAAACUGCAAAAUCGUGCAUGGAAAACAGUUGACAAAGUCGUUCGAAGUAAAGACCGGCGUCAGGCAAGGUUGCUUACUCUCACCUUUUCUCUUUCUCCUGGUGAUCGACUGGAUCAUGAAGACGUCAACAUCUGAAGGGGGAAGCACGGGAUACAAUGGACAUCUAGGAUGCAGUUGGACGAUCUAGACUUCGCAGAUGAUCUGGCCCUUCUAUCCCAAAUGCAACAACAAAUGCAGAAGACGACCAGUGUAGCAGCAGCCUCAGUAGCAGUAGGUCUCAAUAUACACAAAGGGAAGAGCGAAAUUCUCCGAUACAACACAACAUGCAACAACCGAGUCACACUUGAUGGAGAAGAUUUGCAAGAUGUAAAAACCUUUACAUAUUUAAGCAGCACCAUUGAUGAACAGGGUGGAUCUGAUGCAGAUGUGAAGGCGCGGAUCGGCAAAGCAAGAGCAGUAUAUUUACAACUGAGGAACAUCUGGAAUUCAAAACAACUGUCAACCAACACCAAGGUCAGGAUUUUCAAUACGAAUGUCAAGACAGUUCUACUGUAUGGGGCAGAAACCUGGAGAACUACGAAAGCCAUCAUCCAGAAAAUACAGGUGUUUAUUAACAGUUGUCUACGCAAAAUACUUCGGAUCCGUUGGCCGGACACUAUUAGCAACAACGUACUGUGGGAGAGAACAAACCAGAUCCCAGCGGAGGAAGAAAUCAGGAAGAAGCGCUGGAAGUGGAUAGGACACACAUUGAGGAAAGCACCCAACUGCGUCACAAGACAAGCCCUCACAUGGCACCCUCAAGUCCAAAGGAAAAGAGGAAGUCCAAAGAACACAUUACGCCGAGAAAUGGAAAUAGACAUGAGAAAAA